AUGCUUUUCACAAUCCUGCUGUGGCUCUCCAUAUCAUGCCUCGCGGCAGCCUCUCUACCAUGGGGUUCGCAGGAUGUGACGCCGGGAGUCAAGACAUCGGGUCCUGUAUCCUUUGACCCGUUGGCCAUCCUCGCGAUCCUUUGGAAUCCCCGCGCCUCGGUGAGCGCAUCAAGACUGUAUGCCCAGCCCUAUCAUUACGGAAGGAAACGGCAACGAUGGCCGCAUCUCAUGCAAAUCGGCGCUGUUACUGUGCCUGUCUCAGUCCUCGUCAACCAUCUUACACGCAACUACCGGUCUAUUCAUCCUGCGCUGGAAAUGUUCAUGGGCAAUGUGGACAAUCUCAAUGUCAAGUCGACCAUUGGAAAAGUGGUCAACUUGUUUCCAACACUACCAGUAAGCGGGAGCGAAUCGAGCUUUGUUGACUCUCUAGCAUUUCGACCCUCAAAGCACCCAAGGAACGAUAUCAUGGUUGUUUCUCUCCUGCGACCUGGGAUGAGAGUGUUUGGCACAGGUGAAGAUGACUCAGAGGUGCAACAUGCCGAUACAGCAGACAAGAAAAACAGACGACUCAGCAAGACCAUUUUUGGACUGACUGAGGUAGUAAUGGGGGUGCUGGUAUCUGGCGGAUUAACAAUCAGUGUUUUGCUGUACGACAUUUGGGGCGUUGUGCUGUUUGGUUCCUACUUCUUGCAUUGGCUGGCGUCGACAGCUGCUUCGCUUUGCCAGUUAGUUGAAUCAGAUACUUGGAAAGAAGAACUGAAUAUCCGGCAAGACAAUGACAUUGUUUUUGCAAUUUAUGAGCGACCAUCGGGAGGGUGGGUCAUCUUUAAAGGCACACAGGAGACCAUGGAGCGAUGGGCCCGGACGUCGUGGAGAUUUGUCGACAACAAACCACACAAUCGCCUAGUUCACUGGGCUUGGAUGAUGACAGGUCUCUUCGCAGCCCUCUCUUCGGUUGCCAACAUGAUCAAUAUGACGGGAUACAUGCAAUUGGGCUUCCUUGGCGUGUUAGUGUACGGUUCAGUUGCAGAGCUUUGGUUGACAGUGUUGGAUCAAAUGUCUCAACCCGACUCAAUGAGUUUUCUUGGUCCGUACAGCACGCACACAGUGGCGGCAAAUGACAAGAAGUAUAAGAGUAUUGUACAGGCUUGUCUCAGCCUGGACAACACGCACCGUCUCGGCCCAGUACCGUGGACUGAACUAGGGCUUCUUCCCAAAAGAGAACCGUUCCUUGCUUUAGAGCAGAUGAUUCAAAGUUUACACAGCGCAGCCUUGGCUAAUGGAGACGUUGCAGACGAAGCAAGCCUGGACGCUGCCCUUGUACAUUUUGACCAUUCGUGCAAAGAUUUGCACCAAGAUGAGGUUGACUACCAGCAGGGCAUACGUAACGAGGUUGAGAGGGUGUGGCGAGAGCGGAUUCAACAGGAGCAGAAGGAAGCACAACCGAAGGCGGCGCCGCGACUCACCGUAUAG